AUGGCGCUCCGCAUGUCGGGGCGACUGAGGGCGUUGGCGAGGCAGCAGCAGCCAGAGCCGGAAUUAGACUCCAUCGAAGUCGAUGAGCAGGUCGGGGUCGACGUUUUGCCCGAUGUUGCGACCGACGAAUCGGAAACGAGCGAUGCGGAGGCAGAGGCACUGGAGCAGGAGGAAUAUCAGCUGGACGACGACCUCGAUGAGGACAAUGGGCAGCAAGAGUCGCGGACACCUUCGAUUGCACCACUCAAGAUAAAAUUCAAGGUGAAACCGGCAGCCCCGGCGAGUGCAUCCCGAUCGCGGCGGGCGAGAGCCGCAGUUAGAAUCGACUCUGACGAGUCUGAGUCGGAGGAGGCCAUGCCCCAGAAUACUCGCCUGACGAAGCGGCAAGCGGCACUGGCGAAAGCCCGUCGCGCAGUGGACGGGUCUGAUUAUUCACAAGGUAACAACAUCUGGCGGUUAUUCUUUCUUACCCUGCACGAAAAUAUAGGCGAUGAACCUGAACUGGACGUGUUGGAUGCUGACCCGAUAUCGCCUAGACGAAGAACUGCCCUCGACCCCACGGAAGUUGCUCUUAGGAAGGAAGAAUCCGCGCGAAAGCGCCGCAAUGUCAGCGAGAGAAAAUUGCUGAAUGAAAAGACCGAGACAAUAAAUCGGCUGUUGAAGAAACAGUCUGGUACACGAAAGAAAAAGGGGAAAGCCCCCGCUGCGGGUCUAUCUACCCUGGUCUUGAGCACAGGCGGCACGACUCCGGCCGAACUCCAAACCCCCACUGGGCUUCAGAUUGGACCAGAGCUGGCAGAGGCACAUUAUAGCGCAGACGCGGAGGAGCUGGUGGAAGAGGCGACUAUCGAGGGACUCCAGUCUCCAGUUGCGGCAAUGCCUAACAUGUCUCGUUGGAUUUCCACGACGAUGCGCCGCGGGGAAGAGCAAGAAGCGGAAGCAACAAUGCGAAUAUCGUUUUCGUUGCCAACUUUGGCCGCUUCAAUACCUCAGCCACCGCCGACCCCACUGGCUGCGCGGCCACCAGCGACCUGUGCAGUCAAAGGCUGCCAAAAAGACCGUCGUUAUCGACUUGUUGGGGGAGAGUGGGGUGUUGGCGCGUGCGGGAUGGCCCACUUGAAGAUCCUUGAGAGGUCAAAAUGA